AUGAGAUCAUAUAUUAUUGGAAUUAUUUUAGCUGCUACUAUAGUUUUUGUUAGUACAAAUACUGAUGUUGAAAAGUCAGAAGCAAAUCCUUUGUCAAGAGGAUGGGGUGAUGAUAUUAAAUGGGUUCCAUGGGAAGAUGCCGUUGAAGUAGCAUUAGAAGAAAAUAAACCAAUUUUCUUUUUAAUUCACAAAGAAUGGUGUCAGGCAUGUAAAAAUCUUAAAAAAAUAUUCCAACAAAAAAAUGCUCAAAAAGUAUUUACAACAUUAUCUAAAUUCUUUGUUAUGACUAAUGCACAGGAUGAAGAAGAACCUCAUGAAGAUGAAUAUAAACCAGAUGGAAAUUAUUCACCAAGAGUUUUAUUCCUUGACAAGAGAGGAGAUGUUAUGGAAAAUUUUGUUAAUGAAAAAGCUGAAUACAAAAAUUACAAAUAUUAUUAUUCUAAUCCUUCUCAUAUUUUUGAUACAAUGAAAAAAGUUAUUAAACAUUAUGGUAAAGAAGUUCCUCAAUUAAGAAGUCCAAAUAAACUUAUUCCAAAAGAUAAAAAAGAAUUGUAA